CCAUCACCGUGAAAACACUGUCCUGAGCCACUUCCCACAGCCCUCACGGAAGCUGCCUCUCAGAGCUUUCUCUAAAAUCCCCGCCCCACCCAGUGGUCCCUGAGCCGAGGGCUGAGGAAGCGGCGCCGUGACAGCCCAGGAGCUCCUUGGGGGGAAGGGCGGAAGGAGGAGGAACAAAGGCAAUCGUGCUGGCGCCGCCUCCCUGCCCGCCCACCAUGUGUCAGUCAGAGGCGAGGCGAGGACCAGAGCUCAGCGCAGCGAAAUGGUUGCACUUCCCCCAGCUGGCCCUGCGACGGAGGCUGGGACAGCUGAGCUGCAUGUCCAGACCUGCGCUGAAACUGCGCUCCUGGCCCCUGACGGUCCUCUACUACCUCCUGCCCUUCGGUGCCCUCAGACCGCUCAGCCGGGUGGGAUGGAGGCCCGUGAGCAGGGUGGCGUUGUACAAGUCGGUGCCCACACGCUUGCUGUCGCGGGCCUGGGGUCGCCUUAACCAGGUGGAGCUGCCGCACUGGCUGCGCAGGCCCGUCUACAGCCUGUACAUCUGGACCUUCGGGGUGAACAUGAAGGAGGCCGCCGUGGAGGACCUGCACCACUACCGCAACCUCAGCGAGUUCUUCCGGCGCAAGCUGAAGCCGCAGGCCCGGCCCGUGUGUGGCGUGCACUGCGUGAUCAGCCCGUCGGAUGGGAAGAUCCUCAACUUUGGGCAGGUGAAGAACUCAGAGGUGGAGCAGGUGAAGGGGGUCACCUACUCACUGGAGUCGUUCCUGGGCCCGCGUACCUCUGUGGAGGACCUGCCCUUCCCACCAGCCGCCUCCUGCAACUCCUUCCGGAGCCAGCUGGUCACCCGGGAAGGAAAUGAGCUCUACCACUGCGUCAUCUACCUGGCGCCCGGGGACUACCACUGCUUCCACUCGCCCACCGACUGGACCGUGUCCCACCGGCGCCACUUCCCAGGCUCCCUGAUGUCCGUGAACCCCGGCAUGGCCCGCUGGAUCAAAGAGCUCUUCUGCCACAACGAGCGGGUGGUCCUGACCGGGGACUGGAAACACGGCUUCUUCUCGCUGACAGCUGUGGGGGCCACCAACGUGGGCUCCAUCCGCAUCUACUUUGACCGGGACCUGCACACAAACAGCCCGCGGUACAGCAAGGGCUCCUACAACGACUUCAGCUUCGUGACCCAGGCCAACAGGGAGGGCAUUCCCAUGCGCAAGGGUGAGCACCUGGGCGAGUUCAACCUGGGCUCCACCAUCGUGCUCAUCUUCGAGGCCCCCAAGGACUUCGACUUCAAGCUGAAAGCAGGACAGAAAAUCCGAUUUGGGGAGGCCCUGGGCUCCCUCUAGGCCUCUCCUGGCUGCCGCUACUGAGGGAUCUAAACAGAAAUGGGAGAGUUUUUGAGGGGAACCUCCUCAGCUGUCUGGAGGGGACUCUCAGGACCAGAGGGUCUGACCAGGCAGGACCUGAGUCACUUCUGCUCCUGCUGUCCCAGAGGUGCGGGCAAGGCCAGAGCCCGGUCCUGCCCAAGACCUACGUCAUCCCCUCUGCUCACCCUAAAGAGAAAGUAAGUGUCGGGCUGAUCUCAGAUUCCCUUUCGGAGAAGUUUUAACUCCUAUUGCAUAAACCAGAGACCUGCAUCUCCUG